AUGACCGAAAAAUCAAAGCAAGAAAAAACUUUUUUUUCUACUGUUCAUGCUGAAGCUAGAGUUGAAGAACCUGAAGAGACUGUUCAGGAAGACCCAGAGGACCCAAAACCAGCGAUCGAAGAAGCUUGUGGCAACACUUCGGCUUGUGCACCCCUAAAACAUCACAUCGAGGAAUGUAAUAAUCGUGUUGAGGCCGGUGGGACUGAAGAAACUUGUUGCCCCAAAGCUUUUCGCUCAAUUGAAAUAAUUUUUGUUAAUAAUACAACGAAUAAAUCAUCAGUUUUUUGA